AACUGCACAGACGCGGAUCAGGCUCUUAGAGUAGAGUAGAGUAGAGUUGUUUCAGCACGGUAGGAGUAUCAACUCCAGUUUGGCCUGCUCUUCAAUUCAGGACACGUGGACUAAACAUGGAGUGUCAUGUAGUCCUUUCUUGGGGAAACAUGGAGGUGUUGACGUUACUUGAGAUCAUCUCUGCCCUGUGGGCGAUGUAUUCGGUGGUGACUUGGUGGUUGGAGAGAGGACGCCUAUCACAGCUAACCGACAAGACCGUCCUGAUCACGGGAUGUGACACCGGCUUCGGGAACCUCCUGGCCAAGCGGCUGGACCAGCUCGGCCUGCGGGUGUUCGCGGGCUGUCUGACCGAGGCCGGCGUGGCAGAGUUACGGCAGUCCUGCUCCGAACGGCUGCAGCCGAUCCGGAUGGACGUCAGCAGCUCAGACAGCGUACAGGAUGCGUUCAGGGUGGUGAAGGAAGCUGUGGGGAGUAAAGGAUUGUGGGGGCUGGUCAACAAUGCGGGUAUUGCUGGUGUUUCGGGAGGAACCAUGGACUGGGCGACCAAGGAAGAUUAUCAGGCUUGUCUAAAAGUGAACUUGCUGGGGAUGAUUGACGUCACCAAGAUAUUUCUCCCGCUCCUCAAGAAGUCACGUGGUCGGGUCGUCAACGUCUCUAGUGCUGCUGGGAGAAUGGCCGUUCAGGAUGCCGGCCCUUACACCGUGUGUAAAUAUGGUGUGGAGGCAUUUUCUGACUGUCUCAGACGGGCUAUGAGAUACUUUGGGGUCAAAGUUCACAUCAUCGAGCCUGGGUUCCACCGGACCGAAAUAACCAAUCAGGAGAUGGUCCUCGGUCUUCUGGACCAAAUCUGGCAGCGGCAGAGCCCUGAGACCAGGACUGAGUACGGGGUGGAGUUCCUACAAGCUUCAAAGGACUAUAAAGUCAGUCUAGGCCGUCUCAUGCAAGAUCCAGGUGCCGUUGUGGACGCCAUGGAGCAUGCGCUGUGCGCUACCCACCCCCGGAGCCGUUACGUCAUUGGUUGGGACGCCCGUUUGGUAGCUAUACCGAUGUCCUGGCUGCCCACCGACCUGGGUGAUCUGAUGCCCAAGUUGAAAGAAAUCAAAUUCCUAGAUUGCGAGAAAUGUUAA